UACAGUUCAAAAAGUCCGCGGGAAAUCUGAGUUUCGCGGGAGGGCCUUUCGCGCGUAAACCGUAUCCCUUCAUUCAUUAUCAGCUUCCUGGAGCCAUUUUUCAGCAGCAGAAACGGUGGCUCUCUUCAGGUUAAAAUCCAUUGCAUCUGUCCGUCUGCAUUCUCAAUAUAAUUUCAAAAUCAGGAAUAUUGCUACAGUAGAUUCUCUUUUAUCAGAGUCAGUCAGUAUUUGUGAUCUCACCCUAAAGGAUUUGGAUAAAAUCGGCUCCAAAGUAAAGGAGGGACAAAGGGAACUCGCUCCAAAUAAAGAUGAGAAAGGGAAUCCUAACAGCCCCGGAAAAAGUAAUAGUAACAGGGGUUGGGGGUUCGUCGGUGGACAAAAGUACUGUGAUAACCGGGUUCACUGAGAAUUUUAUUUCUAAUUUCCCUGCCGGUACAUAUAUCCAGAUCCUAACCUCGCCGUCCUGUCUUACACAGACCGCAAAUGUCUGUGUAUCAGAUCAGCCAACUAGCAGUUUGAUAUAUUCCACUCCUCACGGACCAGCAAACAGAACAGGACUUCGACCUGCUUUAGGACGCCCUCCGGCAAAGAGGCGCCUGGAACUGGACGAGAGUGACCAUCAAUAUCUAAGUGACGGUGCCAAGACCCCCAAGGGGAAGAGCAGAGCCACACCCAGAAACCUGAGCAGCCCUAAAAAUCCAGAUCCCUCAGAGAAGACUCGCUACGACACAUCGCUGGGCCUCCUCACAAAGAAGUUCAUUCAGCUGCUCGGCCAGUCUGCUGACGGUGUGGUCGACCUGAACCGAGCCGCCGAGGUCCUCAAGGUGCAGAAAAGGAGGAUUUACGACAUCACGAAUGUGCUGGAGGGCAUUCACCUCCUCAAGAAGAAAUCCAAAAACAACAUUCAGUGGAUGGGCUGCAAUCUGUCAGAUGACAACGGGACUCUAAAUCGGUGCCAGGGCCUGAGCCAGGAGUUGGCUGAGCUGAGCCAAGAGGAGAAGAGGCUGGAUGAAUUGAUAGAGAGAUGCAACCUCGACAUACGCCAACUCACUGAGGAGUCGCACAACCAAAAAUUUUCAUAUAUUACAUACCAAGACAUCCGGAAGAUCCGAAGCCUCAGGGACCAGACAAUUAUCGCUGUGAAGGCCCCGUCGGAAACGAAGCUGGAAAUGCCAGACCCUUUAGAGAAGCUGCAAGUACAUUUAACCAGCACUAAGGGGGCCAUAGAAGUGUUUUUAUGCCCAGAAGAGAAUGUAACCAACAGUCCGAAUAAAAACUCCACCCUAGACGUGAAUGGAAAUGCUUCCCCUUCAGUAAAAAGCUCACAAGCGUGUGUCCCCAGCAGUUCAGUGAAGGUGGAUUGCUCAGUGCCUGUUUCAAACUUAUCUCCUUUUACUUCUCCAAUCAAUCUUUUGCAACAAACAGAGGACCAGAUUUCCUCAGUGUUAGAGGGGCCAUUUGUAAACCUUUCUCCUCCACACAUGAAUGAGGACUACUUGCUGAGCCUUGGGGAUGAAGAAGGAAUCAGUGAUCUGUUUGAUGCUUACGAUCUGGAGAAGCUAUCCCCUUUGGAUGAAUUCUUAUGCAACUGAUUGAUGCGUUCCGAGUGGACUAUGAUGGAACCAGAAAGCUUUUUUUGUAGUCACCUCAGUCCUUCUCCUUCCACCUGUGGCAGUUAUGCAGUUUGCCUUAACUAGCAGAUAUUUGGUUGUAGGGUGUAAGAUGACAUGAGUUUUUAACCUGCUUGUUAUCCUGGCAUGCAUCACCCACAACCACCAAUUGUUGUAUAUUCUAAUACUUUUGCAAUCUUUACCACCCUUAUGUACUUCAAUCAGAUGGGAUACAGUGUUAGAGAGAGUCAUGUGCAUCGAUUUAAGUGCCUGAGUUCAGAUUGAUCUUCUGCUGCCUAGUGUGUAUAUCCCUUUUGAGUGGCAUGAGGAGAUAGGGCUGGUAAAAACUAGAACAAACAUGUUCAGUCAAACUGAACUCACCCUGAAUAGUGCAGUUCUUUGGGGGAUUCAUCAGAGCAUAAACUCGUACACUAGUACCAGUUUUUCUGUGAAGUAAGGUUCUAAAAUACUGUGGUUGCCACUUGCAAUCUUGGUAUAUUAAUGUAUGUAACAUUUGACUGUGUAACAUCAUUAUCCAAACUCACUGCGUUUUGACUUUUUUGGGGUAGAUCCGUCACCACAGAAAUCCUGGUUCUGCCAUUAGUCCAGCAGUGCAACUAAGGUACAUGGAAUAGCCUCACACAAUUCUCAAAGUAUUAUGGCAGGUGCAGAUUGCUGUCCAGCUCUGAUAAAUCCCAAAGACCUGAAGCAUUUAUUUAAAAUGAGUACUGUAAACAUGUACAUUUAAGUGAAGGUAAUUUGUAUACUAUUGCUUCAGAAUUGUAACAGUAUAAUAAGAUCAUUAAUCCAAUGUCUUAAUCAAACAGAACUACUAAAAAUAGUUUAUUUAUGGGUGAAGACAUUUACCUGAAUAAGCAGGAAGUUUUUAUUUUCCUGUAACAGAACCACUGGGAACCCCUGUCUCGGGGAGUUUAAAUUUUAGAAGACAAAAGAUCAAUGUCCCCCAUCUUCCACUUCUUUGUUCUUCAAUGACUAGUAAAAUGGUUAAUUUGCUCUUGAUCCUGCUCCAUACGAGUUGACCAAAGAAGAAAAUGGUACCCGACAAAAAUGCCUGGUGGUAUGUUUUGUGAAUGAAGCUGUAAAUGUCCGCUGCUAGUUUUGUUCCUGUUUGGGGUUGCGACCACGCCCAACAACAAAAAAAAAUCUUAAUGCAACAAUUUAAGACCAUAAAUAUUAGAUUAGAGCCACAACACAUACGUUUUUAAAAUGGGCUCUUCAAUUUAAAAUCUAAAGUGUUCUCUACAGAUGACUUGAGUUUUGUAACAUUGUCAGUGUAUCUUACACACAUUUGUGUAACGGCACUGACCCCCUCCCCCUCCAACUUUUUCAAAUAUUAGUCCUUUUCUUCUGAUCAAUGCAUAAUUUCUAUAAUGUAUUAUAAAACUCCUUCAAUCUAUAUAUGUAGGCAUUGAUGCCUAUUUUAUAAUGUAUUUAUUUAAAUUUAAUAUAAACCUUGAUGCAGUAUUCAGAAACACUUUCGCAUUGGUGCGUGCUUUAGUGUGCAGAGUUAAUGGUUGCUUGAAUUGAGCACCUUUGAGAUCCCCUGUACUAUUUUAUUUUUUAUUUAUUUUUUCCCCCCGCAGGUAAGGGUGUGCCCCAUUUUUAGAAGAUGGUCAGAGAACUGUUCUCUUGUUAUCUCUGUAAAUCUCAAGUGUCUGUAAGCUGUAUUGAAGCAUGUUUAACAGAUAAUUUAUAAUAGAACCAGGCACGAAGAGUAAAAACCCACAGUUGUCAUUUUUAUUUACCUUUUUAAUGUAUUGAGGUCAAAUUGCACCCCAAAAUUGAAUGCUUUGGCUUUUUUUUU